GGCAGUAAAGCGCGUGCGGUGUCGUAAACAGGAAGUACCAUUCCUCUAGUUGGUGGAGCUACGUGCAGCCAUGAAGAUGACAGGGGAAAAUAAUGCUGGAUAUUCAGAAAUAACAAUGGAUGAUGUAAAAGACCUAAUUAAAAGGAAAGAUGAAAUUGAAGAGCAGAUAAAGGCUUAUCACGAUGUUUUGGAAGACCAACGUGUCGGAGUUGAAGGUCCUUUGGUUGACGCAGAGGGUUUCCCCCGAGCAGAUGUUAAUUUAUACCAGAUCAGGACAGCAAGGCACAGUAUUUCAUGCCUGCAGAAUGAUCACAAGGCCAUCAUGGAGGAGAUAGAAGAAGCUCUACACAAGCUACAUGCUCGAGAGAAAGCCAAGCGGGGAGGGGAUGAGGCAGGAGACCAGGGGGAGGCCAUGGAGCAACAGGUCAUUCUUCCUCCUCCCUUUGCACGGGUGGAUGCUGUGACACAAGGCUCGCCUGCAUGUGGAGCUGGGCUCAGAGUUGGUGAUGAAAUCAUUGAGUUUGGUUCCGUUAACACAGAGAACUUUCAGAACCUCCAGAAUAUUGCUUCUGUGGUAGAACACAGUGAAGGGAAACCAUUACGUGUCUCAGUCAUCCGGGAUGGCCAGAAAGCUCAGAUGAACCUGACUCCACAGCGAUGGUCAGGCAGAGGAUUGCUGGGAUGCAACAUUGUUCCAAUCCAUCGAUGAUCACCAUGACAUUGUGCAGUAUUUCAACACCUUCCUCCACCUAUGAUAUGCCCGGAUGAUUUCAAACUGACUUUGUACAUGCUGCAGACAUUUUCACCUGUUUAUUUUCUCAAUAUAUUCACAGUAUAUCUUUAUACAAGGGCUGUCUCCCAAAUGGGAUAUAUGAAAAUAAAGUGUCACAGUACUUCUUUUUCAGAGGCCAUACUGAGUUUACUGAAUAAACAUUGCUAUCUUAUACUA